AUGGACUUCGUAAUUGGCGGGCUGGCCGGCGCUGGUGCCACAAUAUUCACAAACCCAAUGGACGUAGUUAAAACACGACUACAGUUGCAAGGAGAAUUACGUGCGAGGUCGGAAACCACGACGAGGUACAGAGGGAUCUUCCACGCUCUGUAUGUCAUCGCCAGAGCUGAUGGAGCAUUAGCGCUGCAGAAGGGAUUGGCCCCAGCUAUGGUGUUGGGUUUCACUAUGAAUUCUGUAAGAUUAGGUAUGUACCACGUAGCAGAAGUAAAAGGUUGGACAAAAAACAAAACCGGUGAUAUUAGUAUUGAGAAAGCAGUUUUCUGGUCGAGUGCAAGCGGAGCUUUGAGUGGUGUUGCUGGCAACCCAGCCUCAGUUGUUAAAACUAGAAUACAAGCUUUAGCUCACCCGAGUAUAGCCGUUGGAAGACAACAUAAAUAUAAUGGUAUGUGUGAUGGUAUCAUCAAAAUAUAUAAAUCAGAGGGUAUUAAAGGCUUUUUUGCGGGGGUGUCAGCGACUUGCACAAGGCUGGCGAUUGGCAGUGCUGCACAGCUCACCACGUUUUCUAAAGCGAAGGAGAUGCUACUCUCCCACCAUAUUUGCCAGUCUUCUCCAUUUGGGCUGGCUUUCUGCGCAAGCGCAAUGAGUGGCGUUGUCGUAUGCCUAAUCAUUUGCCCGUUCGAUGUUGCCACCGUCAGAUUAUACAACCAGGUUAUCGAGACACCCCUGGAUGUGAUAAAUACACGGCUGUAUAACCAGGGUACAGCACUACAAGGCAAAGUUUUGUAUACAGGAAUACUGGACUGCCUAACCAAAAUAUAUAGGACCGAAGGCCUAUACGGACUGUACAAAGGGAUCGGACCACUGUACCUGAGAAUUGCACCUCAUACGACGUUAUCUCUCGUAAUCUGGGAUGUACUAAACAAUUUACUUCUAAGUAAUAAAAAUAGUUAA